CACUCAUUGUUGUUUUUUCACAUUUAAAACUGCCCUCAGAAAACUGAACGAUACCAUCGACUUCGUGUUCCUGAAAAAUUCGUAUCGAUUUUUUUUAUUUCGUAAUUUCAAAAUAUGUUUAUUCGAUUGGGAAACGAGCUGCCUUAAUAGCUUUUGGGCUGACCUGUCAGUGGUAUUGAAGCCUUGUCUAUCAGUAGCUGGACCUGUCAAGUGCUCCCGGAUCUGAACACCUUUUCUCUUGAUGAUAAAAAUACUUGCCUAUUCAUUGAGCGGACAGAAGGCUCUUUUGCUAAUGGCAUUUACUUCUGGUUGUAUCCGUUCGUGGGAGUCCUCUUAUUGAUCGUGCCCACACCUGGAGAUUCAUUGUUUCACUUCAGUGUAACCUGUUUUUUAAAGAACCGGAAUGUCCAAACACCCUUCUCUCUCAAUGAAGAUGGAGGUUCCAUCAUACCAGGCAAAGCUGCUUUGUGAGUUGAAUGAACAGCGAAAACGGGAUUUUUUCUGCGACUGCAGCAUCAUUGUGGAGGGAAGGCUGUUCAAAGCACACCGCAACGUGCUUUUUGCCAGCAGUGGCUAUUUCCGUGCCUUGCUUGUGCACUACCUCCAGGAUACUGGACAUGGGCACCGCCAUAGCACAGCUUCACUGGACAUUGUCACUUCCGACGCAUUCUCACACAUCUUAGAUUUUUUGUACUCUGGCAAGUUGGAUCUGAGCAGUGACAAUGUAAUUGAAAUAAUGUCAGCUGCCAGCUACCUGCAAAUGACUGAUGUGGUCAACUUCUGUAAAAGCUACAUCAGAUCUUCAUUGGAGAUAUGCAAUCGGCAAAGGGAAAAAGAGAGGGAAAGAGUGAGAGAAAGGGAGAGAGAAAGAGAGGGUUUGGCAGACAGUGGUACAGCUGGCUCCAUCACAGACAGCAACAGCAGUGCCACCUGUUGCCCAGAUGACAAUUCAUCAGUCCCUCCAGCUCUGUCCACAUUGUCAGGCCAGCAGCCCCAUAGCCGAGACUCUGAAAGUGAGAGCUCCAGGGGAGAGUUUCCUGGAUUUCAUCCUGUUGAUCUUGCAUUAAAAAACAUGACUUCAUCACAAACUGAGAAAGUCAAUUCUUCCUCUUCUCCUGUCCUUGGCCUUGCUAACCCUAAAACCGAGUUUGAUCCAGAUGAAGAGGGCGAAGAAUCCAUGGAGGACAAGGCAACAGCUUUAUUUCACGUCACUCCCACUGAUGAUGACAGACCUCACCCUUCUUUACAGCCUCCUGGCUCCGAUGCAUCUCUCCCAUAUGAUAACUAUCAUAUGAAGCAGUUCCUGGAGGUAUUGUUAAGAGGUGGGUCAAACCCAAGAAGGGAAGAACUUGUGCAGCACUUUGCUCAUAGUCUGGGAGGGGUUAGAGGAGGCACAGAGGAAAUUGGUGGGCUCCCAACACCUUCCAUCAUGGAAAUUCACAGUGACUGGUAUGGAGAAGACACUGGAGACAGUCUGGUAGUACCAGUGAAGCUUCAUAAGUGCCCCUUUUGUCCAUACACAGCAAAGCAAAAGGGCAUCCUAAAGAGACAUAUCCGAUGCCAUACUGGAGAGCGGCCUUAUCCUUGUGAGACAUGUGGCAAAAGAUUUACUAGACAAGAACAUCUACGAAGCCAUUCUCUUAGUGUACAUCGUUCUAAUUGGCCUAUUGUAUGUAAAGGUUGUCGGCGAACCUUUUCAGGUGUAGUAUCUCAUGGGUUAAAGCGGUUUGGCCUUUGUGAUGGAUGCACCUGUGUUACCACCACUCAUGAAGACUCCACACCCAUCAAUCUCAGCCAGUCUGAAGGAGCAGAGCGUAGUGAUGGAGAUAGCGACUGGCCCAUCUACAUUGAGGAAUCGGAAGAAGCAGAACCUGGUGGCGGAGAAGAAAUAGAUGACAAGCAUGAGCUUCACAGACAGCUGUCAGAAAAUGAUGGGUUAAUGUAGCAACACAUUCUGAUGGAGAGCGUGGGAUCAAUCAGUUAAGAGAAAUUAACUCAAACUAUCCAGAAAUGAUGUUGUGUGGUAUCUUAAGGCUUUUUUGCAACAAUGCAGGAGAUCCUCCCUGAUUAAUAAGGCCUAUAAACCAAAUUAUAAAUGCAUGUCCACAUUUAACAGUAUUUUUUUAAUUUGAUGAUUGGCUUUAUAAAAUGCAAAUAGUAAAGUGGUAAUUAUUCAUAAUGCCAGUUCUUUGGAAUAACCAACUACUCAGUCAAUGUAUUGUUAACGAAAUUUGUAAAUUUGAUUUUAUUCACCUUAUUCAUGCUGUUUAAUGAAGCUAAAUGCAAUUGGUUUUCAUGUUAUUUGUCUCUUGGUUAUUUAUUGAAUAACAAAAAAAAUCAUGGUUAAAUGCUGUACAUGCAGUAUACCAAUUUUGGUAAUGUUAUUUUCUCCUGUUUAAAAUUUACCUCCACACUGUUACUUCUGUUUAUUUAAGUCCUCUUUUUCCUGGUCUAAAAUUUUAAUCCUAUGAUUAUUUAUUUAUGUUAUCUCUUACCAGCAGCUACUGCCAGUAAGUAAAUCUUAAUCUGACAAACUUUGUCAACCUACACUUUCAAUAUAGCAUUCCUCUACCUGCUAAAUACAAUCCAGGGUUGUGUGGGCCGGAGUCAUUCAAGAGCUCUGUGAUAUCCUACACUAGACCCACUACAAAAAUACCACCUUUUUGUCCUUGUGGAGUUCCCAAUUUAGUUUAAGCACAGGCAAAUUAUUAUCUUAGUGAUAAAUGUACCAUUGAUAGUCUCUGGAGGACCAAGGCAGUACAGUAUCUGAAACAUUUGGGGAAAUCUGGCAAUGAACAAUUUUGUGAGACUCAGUUUAGCCAGAAUAACAGUUACUAAGCUGUAGUGCAGGAUUAGCUCUGAAGGAGGACCCCGGUUCAGUUUGCUUGUCCACUGUGUAACUAUUUAUUUAUCCUAGUCACAUAGAUUAAGCCCAGCAAAGAAUCAGACAGUCCUUUUGCUGCUAAGUUCUCUGAACUGUUUGGGCUAGGCCAUUCUAGAAUUUAGCCAAGGAAGCUUGGCUAUAUGCAGAUUAAAUGAGAAUUUUCACUACAUUUUCUACUUUUCUGCUUUGGAAUCAUUUUAACAAUGUUGCUGAAAUAAAAGUAAAUGAAAUUGUAUUAACACUUUAUUCUAUACUCCGCAAAAUGUAUAAACAUACAGUAUUAGUGAUCUAAAAUGUUCGACUAUUUUGUUCUGUAACAACUUGUUUUAAAAUUUGGAGGGAAAAAGUAUGUAAAUAUUUGCUGCAAUAAUUGGAUUCCUUCUGGAUAUAGUUGCUUUCAGAUGUCAACACUAGAUGUUUUAGAAGAUAGUUUAAGAUGUUCCAUUUGAUAAGCCUUUUGAACAAAUCUCCACAACAAAAAUGUUUCUUUUUCCAUUUUAAAAAUUAAUUUUGAAGCUAAUGUAAUGAUUGCUGUUUUUGGAUAAAACUGAUUUCCAUAGAAAUAAUACAAAAACUGUGGCAACAUACACUAUUUUCUUAAAAAACAAAAAAGGUAUAAGAUAAGAUAAUCUAAAUGUGCAUAUAAAACAUAAAUAGUGGCAUAAUAACUAAGUGUUAUUAAACUUUAAAAACUAGGAUUCCAAGUAUAUUUAUUGAUUUAUUUUGUAAAGAUGUAUUAUUAUGUAAUUUUAUCUCUUUUUAAUACACAGGCAAUUUUACCCCCAGAGGAACGAAAACAGUUCAAGUUUGCAAAAAAUUUAUUUAUAUUGGGUUUUGGUGAUAGUUCCCCUUCCCCAAAUGAUUUUCUUCUGCCAUAUACAAUAAUGAGUAAUAUAUUGCAUUUUUUUCAGGGUACAAAACAUUUUUGGAACACAACUUUUACAAAAUAACAUGUUUCGGCUCUCUUUUCAUUUUAGAAUACAUCAUGCAUAAAUACGUUUUGGUUACAAGAUGUUGCAACAUUAUAAACAGACUGUCAUAUCUUAUACAAGAGGGGCUCAUUAACCAUGUAUAUUUCUGCUCAAUAUUGUACACAGAUAUUAGAUGAUCGAGGUGCAAAUAAGUUGACUUCAUAGGAAAUAAUCAGAGGAAGCACAAGAAAUGUGAAGACUGCAUAAAAUUGUGUGUCCAGUUAGUCAUUUAUGAAAGAUGUACGUUUGUUGUAUGUUUUUUCUGAUACAGCACUAAAACAUUAUGUUAUUAUAUUCAGUGACAUAACCAUAGCGUUGCAGUGAUAAUUAUAUAUAUAUAUAUAUAUAUAUAUAUAUAUAUAUAUAUAUAUAUUUUAGACUGCACCAAUGUGGAUUAGCAUAUCUCACUUGUGCAGUGGUUCUUAACCAUUCUGCUUUUUAACCUGUUUGCUGUAAACCAGGUUAAAGACCAUUCCCAAAUAAUAUACUGAGUGACAAGUUAUUGUUGCAUUUCCCUAAAUGUGGAUUUGUUGGAUAAUAGUUUUUGCAAGGUUUAUUUUAAUAUGUUAGGUCUCUAGCUUUCUAUUUAGUCAGAUUUCCUAUUUCAUUAUUUUGACCCAUCAUUAACCCCCCUUCCCCAAUCGCCCAUUCAUCAUCUUGUCAAUAAUUUUUAAUAAUCAUAUUUAUGGGACUGUGCAAUGCAAGACAUAGUCUUCUGCUUUAAUUAUUUGAUGUAUAUUACUUUGAACAUAUAUCUAUUUGCUUUGUACUAAUUAUAAUAAUGUUGUACCCAAUGAAAAGCUAUGACCUAUAGCUUGUUUCACUUGUUUGGUUAAGCUCAUCACAGUAUGUCUCUUAGCUCAAAAAAGAAGUAUUUUAUACUGUAUACUGCAGAAAAUGAUUAUCAGACAUUCACUUAAAAACAAGUUAUAUUUUAUUAUAUUUAUAUGCAGAAAUGUCCUUAGAGCUGCAUGACAGGUAAACAAUGUGAAAGAUGCUUAUGUAGACUGGAUAAAAUGUUUUUUUAUGUUUGCUUAUAGUUGUAUAUCCUGAGUUACAGUUGUUAGAUUGAUGCUGUCUUGUAAGGUAGCAGUCAUUGACGUUCAAGCCUCCCAUUUCAGUAUGGCAGCUUUGCUGCUGCACAUUGCAGAAUACAGUCAAACCUCAUUCAGUCCUUCCCAGGAAAUGCAAGGUAGAUCACUGAAAUAUUGAUGGCCCUUUAUCCAUUUAUUCUAACACCCUUGCUGCAAAGGUGCAAGAGUGUUUGCUCUUUCAGUUGCUACUUUUCAUGGCAAAUGUUAAAAUGUAUUCCUGUUUAUCUAUGGUUACUGAAAUAAAAUCUGAAUUUUGAAUAAAAACACAAGUAAAUUUAAUACCCCAGAACAUGGUUUAAUGUCAUCUCUGAAACGAUUUAGGAAUGUCUAAGGCAGACGCUUGCUAGCAACUGACCUAGCAAAUAUUUGCAUAAUAAUUUGUUUUCUAUGUAUGCAGCACCUGUGUCAUUGCAGAAAUCAUGUGGAAAUGAAGGCGCAUUUUACCUGCUAGGCUUUUGAACAGCCUUGCACUAGGAAGAUGAAUAAUGGAGGCCUUAAACUUGCUGUGUCAACUAGACCUUUGCAGUUGUGAUGUGAAUUUUUUUCCAAUUCAUUUAACCCCAGACAUUCCUCUUUUAGCAUUAUUUUUAAUCAUAGAUACAAAUAACAAUCUUAAUAUGGCACUGAAGAUGACAAAAUAAUUUUAACCAAAGUUACUUUCAAUGACUGAAAUUUAGUAAACGUCUUUAAUAGCAAAAUGCCCAUUUCAACAUUAAUUGAAAACAAAAUAUCCUUUAUUUCAAAACAUCAGCAUAUUUAAUACAAUAUAUGGUGUAAAGAUCAAUAUGGUAUGUGGUGAUGUAUCAUUACUUUUUGGUGUAUGUUUUAUAUUUUGUACAUUAUGAUUAUGGUAGACUUUGACAUAAGUGAAGUUAAACAGUGAAUGUAUGGAAUAAAUCUUUACAAUUUCUGUA